GUCACCGGAGCCGGAAUACGAUUUAGAACCAGCCAGAAUUCCGGCUGAGUUAAACUGGGAAGUUUAGUAAAAUUGAAUCUGGAAAUGAUUUUUUUUUGGCAACGCUCCAGCACUCCGUUGAUUUCACCACCUGGGCGCCAGGUUGACGAUAUGAAAUGAACUUUGUUUACUUUCGACAAGUUUUGAUUCGAGCCAACAACAUCCAGCCUUCAAUGUUUUCAAUCAGUAAACAAUUCGAACCCGAUCGGAGUUUGCGGGUCGUGGUUGUUUACUUUCGAAUUUGCAGAGAAUAAUUUCUAGUAUCAUUGUAUAACUUUUAUCUAGCAAUAACUAUGAGCGAAAACGAACAACUGCACAUCGAAUAUGCAGAUGAAACUGAGUUGUUGAGUGAAUUUAGAAGUUUCAUGAGCGAUCCCGACAUUCGGGAUAAAGCCGCGAUUUACCUACUAGAAUCCUUGAUCGAUGAAACUAUUUUAGGUGUAGUGUUUGAAAUGCAUCACGCAAGUAAGACUGGCUCCAACGUAGCAAUUGAGGGUCAACCGGAAGAUUGCAAACCUUAUACCAUCGUUGAUUUACCCGAUAUGGACGUCUUUGGGUCUUCCAAUAGCAAGAAAGCAAUUGAUUGCAAUUGUCCCAAUUGUAACAGAAUUGUAGCCGCAUCCAGGUUUGCACCACAUCUCGAGAAAUGUAUGGGGAUGGGUCGUAAUUCAUCCCGCAUUGCAAGUCGUCGACUUGCCAAUACAAGAGACGGUAGUAACUACUUUGGAGCUGACGAGGAUGAUGAAGAUGAUGCAGACUGGUCUGGUGAGAAACGGAAGAAGAAAAUUCCACCAAUUAGAACCAACGGAAGCAAGAAGAAUGGUAAGACGUCAUGAAAAUAAUUGACGGUUAUUCGAAACGUGGUUAAUCCUUGGAAGCGUCGACUUAGAUCGAGAAGUGUGCAUGAGGGACAGACGGGUAAGUAGUGUGUUCGGUGUUCGCAAGGUACGAGAGCCAUUGAUUAAAAAAUACCCAAGGAGAUAGCUUUUGCGAUGAAGGGUUUUCGUUUAAAUAAAUUCCACUCACAGUUCCUGAUCGGAUCAGAUUUUUUCGCUAUCAUCUGGCCACUAGAAAAUAUUAAUAAAAACAACUCCAGGCUGGCUGAAAUUUUGUCAAAGUAUUGUGCGCAGCGUGUAUUUAAAUUAGAAUUUAAGAAUCUUAUUGUAAUAACUAUCAAAUAGUACGAAAUUCAUACAUUGUGAAGAGCAUAGACUCUCAAUCCCAGACAAGCUCAGGCGGAAAAUGAGCCGGAAAUCUGGCUGGUUGCAAUCAGUAUUCCGGCUCCAGUGGCAACCGAUUCUAAUUGGAAUCGAUUGUCACUGGAGCCGGUAUAGUGAUUAGAACUAUCCAGAAUUCCGGUUGAACCUACUGGGAUAUAAUGUACUGAUUAUCUCAAUUAACUAGGAACCAAACAAAUUGACACAUUAAUAUAUAAUAAUGCUAUUAUAAAACUA